CCUACUGUUUACACUGAAACUAGUGAAUCCAAAUGAAAUGAGUCCAGGGUGAGGGGGUACAUCUGAAUAUUAAAAGAUUCCAAUUUCCCUAUCAUCUUUGAAGUCUUUAGAGAUAUUAUCUCUUAAUGUGAAUUAUUUCUUGGCUGAGGUCAGGUUUUAGGCCUGUGACGAGGAUUAGGGGUGAGGGGGAAAAGUGGGCAGAUUUCAAAGUAGAACUCUGGCAAGCUUCUUGGAACUGUUCCUCAGCUCCAGAUGGCCUGGUGAAGGACUUCUGGGGGAGAAACUGAAAGCAGCCACCUGAUAGUAGAGGAGGGACUGAUUGGCCCACAGAAGCUACCACACAGGCAAGCCAUGGAGAACAGCCUGCUAGGCAGCAGGUGCCCAGUGAGCCAGAGGAAAAUGCAGGUGCUCUCAUUUCCUUCCUUUCAGCUUUGGACUUUGGUCAGGAGCUUUAAUUCUCUCCCCUUCCAAGCAAAAAUAAUUAAGGCCAACUGAUCAUUAAGACUCCCCUCUCAAAAAAAAAAAAAAAAGAAAAGAAAAGAAAAAACAAGUAGGACACUUUAUUUCAAGUGGCUAUUUCUCCUUCCCAGUCAGCAACAAACCAGCUUUCCAGUAGCACCCUCCUCUUUAAGACAGGAUCAGCAGAAAUGUACUUCAUUUUCAGUGAGUAGGAGGUCCCUUCACCUCAAUGUGUUCUGCCUGCCAGCAUAAGGCACUGUGGAUCUCGGUUUUGAAGCUUGCGCCAGAAUCAUUGAGGAGAGAGGGAAAGCCAUCAUUCUACCCAACACCCACCAGCAAGCUUCAGAAGACAAAGAGGGAUAUCAGAUGGCUUCAAGGAGUGACUGGUGAAUGGUUUGAAGAAAUUCAAAGAAAAAAGUUUUGCAAUGAAACAGAUAUUAGCCAAAUGUUAAAACAACCACUCACACACAGGUUAAGGAAAGGGAUGGCAAAAAAUGAUCCUAUGGAGUUACAAACAUCAAGAUCUAAAACUCUAAUUAAUCAAAAAAAACCCACAUCUGUGCCUUCCCGACCAAGCUUCAGAUCAUCAUUUGCUUCCUUGUUCUCAUUCAGAAAACCCGGGAAGGAGACUUUAAAGCUUCAAGCGCUGGAACAGAAAAGAUGUGAUGGCCAUGUAGGACCUCCCGGGUCUACGAGGGGAACAACUGUGCAGGCAAAAAUACACAGUUCACCUCUGGAAAAUCAACCAGUUGACAGUGCAUUUGUCCCCACGCCAGCAAUUAUGAGGGUGGGGAGUGGAAUGCCUCCUCCGUGGGAUGCUUCAGUUCUGGAGAGUGAGUUUUUCCAAGUUUUAGAUGAUUUGGAUAGCACACUGGCUCAGGAGCAGUCUGCAAGCUCAGUGAAUAGCAGCAUACCCCUCAACUAUGGAUCAAGAACACCUUUCAGUCGUUCUUACUCCAGUGGGAACAGACAUGGCACUAUUACAGGAACACACAAACAUCGCUACAAUGAAACUUCCAAUAUGUCCAUUUAUGAAAUCCUGAGACCAGGAACUCCUAGAGAAGGUUUUAAAACCUUUUCUCCUAGGACAAGGACAAUUUGCGAUAUGUACAGGACAAGGGAGCCCAGAGUCUUAAAAGAAGAUUAUGCACAGAAGAAUACUCUUGGUAGUACUUCUGUGUGUUUUGAAAGCAGGCAACGAUCAGCCUCACCAGCCACAAGGCAUUUUACAGCAAGAAGCUUACAUUUUCCAGCCACAACUCAGAACAAGAGUAGAUUUAUACCAUCAAGCCACCAGCAGACCCCAAAGAGAACUCCUUUGUCAUCCAUCAUCUGGAAUCGAUCAGACCCUUCUGGAGAUAGGCAGAACCAGGAAGAGUUUCUGAGGGCACCAUCACCCAUGGAAAUGGAUCCCGCUGAUCAGUAUAUGUACCCCAGGUGUUUUCAGGAGAAUAGGAGAUAUGAAUUUUACCAUUCACAGAAUGUUUUCCAGAGUGCUAGUUUAAAUGCCCACAUGGAUAAUGCAAUGAGUCCUGAUGCAUUUGAGAACUCAGAGAAUAUGCCAUUUUACCAUCAAGACAACCCAUUUGCUAGGUCUUUCUUUAGCAAUACCUUUAGACAAAGCAGAGAACAGAGAUUUGGACAAAGUUCUUUUUGGAACCAACAGAAAGAAUAUUCUCCCUGGUCUGACUUUCAUCCAUGUAGGGAACCAUUCACUUCUGACAGAGACUUUGAAAUGAUUUCCAUUGAAGCAAAUAGUGUACCAGCUGUUCAUGGUCAUAGUAUCCCUUCUCAACACUGGGAACCAUUUUCUUCUCGUUAUGGAACAAAUCUUUUCAGAGGCCAAGAAGAGCCACAUCUUCGGCAGCCUGAUUUUCAGAGUUCCCCACCAGAGAGCAUGGAGAUAUCACCUGGUAAUGAGGACCAAUCCAUUCCUCAUUUGGGCACACCUAAUGUUUACUCCAGGACUGGUUCAGGUUAUCACAUCAAAUCUAGUGGCUUGGAAUGUCGUCAGGACAGUUCUCCUGGGGAUGUACUUAUAACCAAAGAACCUUACUCAUUUGGAAUUGCUCAGACUCUAGUGUCCUCAUUGAGAAAUCCCUUCUCUCAGAUUCCUGACGAGCAAGGGAAUUCUCGGAGUCCCAACUUUCAGAAUUCCACAGUGACUUUGCAGAAAAUUAUUCCAAAUAAUCCAGAUACCAUUCCAGUAAGAAACCAUGUGGAAGAUACUGUGACCGAUAGCAAUUCAAUUGAUUCUCUGUCACUUGCUGAAAGUCAGCCUAAUAUCUUCGUCACAGAAAUGAAUAAUGAGAAGAACUUGAAUGAAUCUAUUUUAGAUGACAAACAACUAAACAGGAUGGACCAGACAAACAUGAUGGGUGAAAUACCCCAACCUGUUGCACAGACAGUAAUCUCUAACCCUUUACCUGAUUCUCAAAAUUCUCUCACCCAGGACUCAGCCAAGAGCAACAGGUUUAAUUUUAAUGUACCUACCAAGAUAAGUUCCAAAAGAUCACCCAGAGUCUUUUCCAGGAAAGAUACCUCCCAAAUUUACACAUCGCACAGAGAGAAGGACAAUGAACUUAAAAAAGAGAAGAGUUUUUCUAGGAACAAAGAACUUGGCUCAACAACUUCCUUUUCUUUCACUCAGGAAAGCAGAACACCACCAUCUUUCCUCAGCCCAAAUCAAGAUUGUCAUCAGGAAUUAACAGUAGGUAGUGAAGAUAUUUCAAAUGUUAUUAAAAAUUACCACUGGUACUCUGAACCUACAGAUACUCAAAACACACAGACUCCAGAGAAGCCUGUUAUUUCAGAUACUGAGGGAGAACAAUGUCCUACAACUCACUCAACCAACUGCAGCAAGUUGUUUGCCGGGAACAAUAGCUCAAGUGGUUCUUCAGUUCUGUCAUCUGGUGCACCACCAGAUUCCUUACCAUCAAAUAACUCUUUCCUUGAUGGACUUGUAAUUCCUUCUACUACAGUGUUCUCCAAGAAAAGCCCUUCAGACAAAGAUCUAUUUCUGGGAGAAAGUGAAGAAAAAGACAAUGCUAGCAAGAACCAAAAUGAUCAGUUUGCUGUAAGCCCCUCAGGAAAUCAGAAGAGUACUGAUAGUCACAUGCCUAUAGGUGAUGAAGUGGUUGAUGUUGUCAAAUGCCAUUCAUACUCUCCUUUCAGAAAGGGGAAAGGAAGAGUAAGGCGUCGCAUAUCCUGUAUUGAAAAGUUAAGCAAAAUAGAAACUAGAUCGAUACCCAUAAGUGAAGGCAAUAGUCUCUUUGAGGAGAAUCAAAGCAAUUCCAAAGUUUCUGAGUUUAGCACAAUUUAUUGUACCUUGCCAAGAAAAUCAGCCAGUUUUCUCAUAAAUAGCAGACAGCCUGAAAGCAAGAUAAUGGCUGCUUCCAUUAGGAAUGGACCACUUCCAUUCCAAAUAAGAAAUAAUGUGGAAGAUCCAAUCAGGAAGUAUACAUCAAGCAAAUUCAGUCCUGGUUCUCCUGAGUCAAUGAGUGAAUGUUCCAAAGUUAUUUCAGACUCAAUCCCCAUGGCACCUGAAGAUACAGAGAGGAAGACAUGUAUGAAAGUUAUUCAAUCUGCUUCUGUUAGAAAAGGGCCACUUCCAUUCCUCAUCAAGAGGGCUAUGUCCUGUCCUUUAGGGGAGCCAUGUGCCUCAACUGGAAAAGAUGAAAGAAAAAAGUCAUCAGUUUCAGACACAGAUACUUCUGCUGUAACACCAAGGCCUUGGGAGAAAAUGGUUAACUCUCUGGAACAUGACUCAUUUGUUAGAGAUUGUUCUUUAACCAAAAGACACCAUUCAAAGGAAUUAUCUCCAGAAUGUACUGAAAAGGAUGGUGAAACUAUUGCCUCCAGGACGAGUGUAUUUUCCCUUUCAAAUGAAGAUCCUUUACCUUUUUGUGAAGACUUGUCAGGAAAAGAAAGUGGGAACACAUUGCAUAAAUUUAAGACUACUAGCAUGUUUUCUGUUUCUGGUGAUGAAGAUAAUGUAAAAUGUCUUGAAGUGGUUUCAAUAUAUUAUACUCUACCAAGGAAACCCAGCAAAAAAUUCUGUGACCUCCUUCAACGAUAUACGCAAAAUGCCAGUCCACUUACAGAAUCACCUCAAGUGGAAGCUGAAACAUUUCCUAAUGAUUUAGAAAGAGAUGAACCAAAUCAUUCUCCACAAGACCAGUCAGAAACACCUUCAUCUGAAGAUCUAAAGGUACCAGUCAACUCUGCUCAAAGUUAUCUUUCUCACACCACUGAAAAUAUGGCUGUCUUAAAAUCAUCAAACAGGGGGUCCUCAGAAAUGGCUUCUGUUGGGGUAGAUGUUUCUUUUCAUAAAGGAGAAUCUAGGACCAGAAAGAUUUCCCCAGAUAACUUAGCUAAAACACCUCUAGGUGAUUUACAAUGCAGGAAAGAGAAAGGGGAAAAAAGGCAAAGUGAAACCCUGCAUACCUCAUUAAUGCUUCAGGAAAGAAAUGCUACCAAAGAAAAAUCUGAAAGUUCCAUUAAUGCAGGGAAUAGUGGUCCUUCUGGUCUCCCAGCACAUUUAGAAGAUAAUGUUGAAAAUUCCCAAACCACAAGUUCCAGGGAGUGUGCAGGGAGUGGUAUAGACUUUAUAGCUAUGGAAAAUGGAGAGUAUCCUCAAAAAGAUCACACAGAGAUAUCUGUAGAUAAUAGCUCCAGUGGAUCACAACCUAGGGCAGUCAGAGGGAGAAUUGAAACAGAUUGCCAAAAAAGGACUGAUAAAAUGCUUUCUGACUCAGAAAGUCAAGUCUUUGCUUUAAUUCCAGCAUUCCAUAAAUUACAAGUAGUUAAAGAGACUCAUUCAGGUGAACAAGAUUUAGAGAAUUUAGAGUCUGAACCCAGAGGAUUACCUCAAGGAAGUCAGGAGGUGAAUAUAACAGAGAGCAGGAAGGUUAAAGAUGAAAUGCAGAAGUUACCUUGGGAUCAAACUUUACUUCUUGGAGGAAGUAUUAAAAAUAAAACCAACAUGGAUGACCUAGAAAAAGCAGAGAACAGAUCUUUGGUUAAACAUAGAUUGGUAGCCACGUCUAAAGCAAACAGAAAAUUCCCCACUAAGGACUCAAGUCCUAGAAGACAUGUAGCUACUAUCUUCCCCCAAAGUGGAAGUAACUCUGGCUUUGGCCAUUUAUCAUUUGGCAAUCUAGAAUGUGACCCACUGUCUCCUGAGUCUACUCCAAAGUCCACAAGCUCCACUGAUGAAAGCUGCUUGAGUAAUAAUGUGAUGGAUACGGAGAAAUCUGAGAACACUCUCCAGGGUAUAACAUUCAGCAGAGAAACUUCUAGCCACUCCUGUGAUCAGAAAUCUGACAACAUUUCACAACUAUAUCAGCAUGAGUUUCAGAAUGUCUCAGAAUCACCACCAAAACAUGAGAAUUCUAAAGAUUUGACAGUAGCUCAGAUUUUGGAGAGAGAAUCAGGAAACCCAACCCAGCCCACAUUCACCAGCCUCAGGGAAGUUGACUUCUCUGACCAUCAGAAGAGGCUGAGCCCUCCUUUCCCACUGGAGCCUGCCCAAAAAUCUACAACAAACCUCUCACUGGCCAGUUGUCAGCAGCAACAAAGGAGUGCGUCAUCUCCAGAGAGGGAAUCUGAGCCACACCUCUAUCGUUCAAAGAGCUUAAAGAAUAUCAAUGUGCUAAGUGAUCAGCCACACAUAAGUGGGCCCCCCAAAGUCAGGGAGCGCCAUUUUUCUGAAAGCACUUCUAUUGACAAUGCCUUGAGUCAGAUGACCCUUGGGAAUGAAUUCUCUACCAAUGCUGGAUAUGGCAGAAGAUUCAAAUCUUUUUCUGAACUUCCUUCCUGUGAUGAAAAUGAAAGUUGGGCUUUGUAUAGAAGCAGGACCAAAACAGGUCCUAAGUCUGCAUCAUCUAUAUCCCGACCUAUUGACUAUGGGAUUUUUGGGAAAGAACAACAGUUGGCUUUCUUGGAGAAUGUAAAGAGGUCACUCACACAAGGAAGAUUAUGGAAACCAAGUUUUCUUAAGAAUCCUGGCUUCCUGAAGGAUGAUGUAAUUAACCCUUCCAACACAUCAGAGUCAUUAAACUCAAAUUCUCCUAGCAGUCAGGUGCCAAAAGAUGUCUUAUUUCCAAAUGAACCACUUAAUAUAUAUGAGGAGGAUCCAGUAGACUCAGAUUGUGACACAGACACUACCACAGAUGACGAAUACUACCUGGAUGAAAAUGACAAAGAGUCAGAACUGUGAGGCUUUUUUUAAAAAAAAUGCACAAUGCAUUGCAUUUCACCAAAAGCAAAAUGUAUUGUCCAUGGGAAUACAGUAUAAAAGAUCUCGCCUGAACAGUGUCUAUACAGAAGCUACCCAUUCCUUUUUCUUCCCUCCCUACCCCACACACAUUUCCUGAAUUCUAAGAACAGUGAUUUCUUGUUUUGAGAUACUCUCUGCUAUUGUCUUCCUUUGUUGGUGGCCUGCCUUUUCUUCCUCACCCAACUGUUUCUCUUAAGUCACUCUCCAGUUUGGCUCUCCACUUUAUCCUGGCCAACUUUUACAUCUUUCAUUGUGACUUCUUUCUGUCCCUAACAUUCCAAGCACAGACAAAACUUAUUAAAUACCCAGCAUAGCUGCAAAACUGAAUUGCCUCAUCCAGUCCACACCCUGUCCUUGUAAUGAAAUGUAGGCGACAAUGAAAGUGUAAUAUAUAUUAUCAUCUUGGGGUUCACAUGCUUCUCUGAUGAAUCAUUGAUCAAAGCCUCAGGAAAUUUUAACACAGCUCCUUAGGGUCUGUCAUAACAUUAAAAAAAAUAAUUUAUCUAAAGUAAAUUACUUCUGGUUCCCAAAGAUAAUUUGGCUUUCCUAACUCUUUAGUUGCCAUGCUGAACGUCUGGGAAUUUCUCUCCUAAUUCAGGACAAAGACCAAUGGAUAGUGAUGAAAAUAAUUUGUUAGACCUACAGAGAACAUGUGAUCCUGGAACUCAAUAUUGUGACAGUCAUCAUAAGUGGAUUUUUUAUCAUGCUUGAUUUGUUAUUUUCUUCCAUUCUAUUUUAUUUUACAUUUUUCACACUUUCUCUGUUUCAUCCACAUAAACUAAGGAUAAUGGUAGGUGUUGGUGAAGUGUAUAGAGAUCUGGCACUGAUACAAAUGUAAGAAAGAACUGUUAUUAUUAUCCUUCUAAUCAUUGUCUUGCCUAGAAGCAAAAUGCCAGGGCUAGUUCACGUUGUUCCCAUGAAACUCAAAACUAAUAGAAGAUGAGGUAACUAACAUGAAAGCGCUUCCUUAAAUCUGUCAGCUCUUUUAAACUUCAAGCUUUGACCAAUUUUGAGCUCAGAGACUGAAAAUUUUAAAUCAAUUGUUCUGAACUUUUGAAUUUAAAUUUGUGUGAUAAAGAAUAAAUAAUGGACUAGGGUGUAGCAGCUCAGUGGUAGAAUGCUUGCCUAGCCUACAGGAGACACUGAGUCUGAUCCCUGUACACACACACACACACACACACACACACACACACCAAUAUCAG